AUGAUAUUUUAUUUCCCUUUGUUGUGUGGAAAACCUCAAGAAAGAAAAAAACGAAGAGAAAAUGUCAGAGAAAAAAGGAAAAUUUGUGGCUUUUAUUGCCUUUCAUCAACAUCAUUUUCGCAAGAUUUAAUGUCUCAUAAAUUUGCCUCAUUAUUCCUUAGUAUGAUAAUAUUUGUCAAGUUAUUUAUGGUGAGAACAAAACGAGAUGGUGACAGGCACCCCUUGAAUAGAAAUGUAAAAGUUUGUCAUCUUUUCGAACAUUUGAUAAGCUGA